ACUUCCGGCGGGGCUUCCUUCGGAAACUGACGCGGAAGUGCUGGGGAGCGCCGUCUGGUUGUGGCUCCUUCCAUGCCCUCCGCGGCCCGGAGCCCCCGAGCUGGGGCCGGAUCAUGAGCCUGCUGGGCGGCCUGGCUUCCGAGCCGCGCACCCCGCUGUCCAAGGCCAGGAUGAAAAGGCUCCCGAAGAAGAGCCAGAACGAGAAGUACCGGUUGAAGUACCUGCGGCUGCGCAAAGCGGCCAAGGCCACCGUGUUUGAAAAUGCUGCUAUUUGUGAUGAAAUUGCUCGUCUUGAGGAAAAAUUCCUUAAAGCAAAAGAAGAAAGAAGAUACUUGCUGAAGAAGCUCCUCCAGCUUCAGGCUCUAACUGAAGGGGAACCCCAGGCGCCAGCUCCUUCCCACAGCUCCAGCUUGCCCCUGGCUUAUGGUGUGGCCAGCUCGGUGGGAACUCUCCCGGGAGCUGGGCCCAGCACUGGGGCUGAGGAACCAUUUGGGAAGAAAUCCAAGAAGGAGAAAAAAGAAAGGGGCAAAGAGAACAACAAACUGGAAGUUCUGAAGAAAACAUCCAAGAAAAAGAAAAUGGAGGGAGGUGCUCGCAAGCUGGUUCGGCCCAUUGCCCUGGAUCCCUCAGGACGGCCUGUGUUCCCCAUCGGACUAGGGGGUCUAACAGUAUAUAGCCUGGGGGAGAUCAUCACCAACCGGCCUGGCUUCCAUGAUGAGAGUGCCAUCUACCCUGUGGGCUACUGCAGUACUCGGGUGUUCGCCAGCAUGAAGUGUCCAGAGCAGAAGUGUCUGUACACCUGUCAGGUCAAGGACGGCGGUGUGCAGCCGCAGUUUGAAAUUGUUCCUGAAGAUGACCCCCAGAAUACCAUCGUCGGCUCUUCUGCAGAUGCCUGUUAUGAAGAACUGGUCAGGACCAUCAGUUCUGCAACGGGGAAACUGAUGCCUAACCUGCUUUCAUGUGGUGCUGAGUUCUUUGGGUUUUCUCAUCCAAUCGUCCACAACCUGAUUCAGAGUUGUCCAGAAGCUCAAAACUGUGUCAAUUAUCAAUGGGUGAAGUUUGAUGCCUGCAAACCCAGGAAGGGGCAGCUGUCGCAGGAGCUUCCAGAGAAUGAUGCAGCUAUGAGCCUUGAAGCCUUUGAUUCACAGACCUUUGAUGAUGACCAUGAGGAUUCCAUUCUACCAGGAUCGCUGGACCUCCCUGAGCUUCAGCAUGAAGCCUUUGUGUCAUCUUACCAGCCAGAGUUCCUGACACAUGAGCCCUUAGGAGACACUGACCUGCAGCACCUGAAGUCUCCAUCACAGUGCAGCCCAAUGCAGCCUUCAGAUUGAAGAGGGGAGAGCCCGCGUCCUUCUCAUCAUCACGAGUGUUUAACUUCAGCUAAAACUUACUGUGUGGAAGAAGGCAGCAUUCAAGAAGCAGAGAAGAUACUAACACAUUUCAUCGUGGAUGUUCCCAUGCUGACAGUGUACCCUGGGAUAAACUUCAGUUGCUUGUAUUUUUAGUAAUAAAUAUCUCUUGACAGUU